UUGCAGUUGCAUUAAUACAGCAAACCUCUGUAAAGACCAGGAAAGCAGAAUAUUCACAGCAUGACUAUUUCUCAGCUCAAGCAAGCUCGAGUUUUAUUGGGGGGGUCCGGUCUCUUUACUGUAGAUGCAGUGUGGUUAGCUCGCAUUAAAGGAAGUCAUUGACGUAGCUAGCACUAAAGGACUUUGUUUUCGUCCCUUUGUGCCAGUUUGCAUGAGCGAGGAGGAGGAUGCAGUGUUUGAACAGUGCACCCUGCUCCCUCCUAGCCCUCUCUGUGGUGGUGGCUCUCGCCUCGCUCUGGAUUUGCAGGGCGGAGGUCGGGGGGUUCACGGCAUGCUCCCAGUUUUUCUACAAUAAGAUCCCCCCGACGGGACUGGGGAGCGACGGCACAGCGCAGAUCUGCCAGCGCUACUGGAACCGCUACCAUUUCGCCAGCCUGUACGACAGGAGGAGACGCACUCCGCUGUAUUCCGCCUAUAUCUUUUCACCGGAGGGGGGGACGCGCCCCAAAAUUAAUUGGAUGUAUGAACCGCAGCUUGCUUAUUCCAAAGCAGGUCCAGAUAUGAUGCCCUUUCCACGCGGCCCCAUUGAUCAAAACGUUGUAGAGAGCCAAGCUGUGAUCCUGGACUACACAAACUCCUCAUACACCAGGGGUCACCUAAACCCCAGCCUGCACCACAGUGACGUCGGGGACAAGAACGCCACCUUCACCCUCACCAACAUCGUGCCCCAAAAAGAAGGGUCCAACGACGGGCCGUGGGCUGACUUCGAGGGGCAAACCAGCAAUCUGCUGACCAAACACUGCGAAAAGGAAGCUUAUAUUGUAACUGGGGUCAUUCCUUAUGAAACCGACCGCUGGAUCAAGCACGACAGGGUAGCCAUCCCCGAAUAUCUGUGGUCUGCCUACUGCUGCCCCUCUUACAAGGUUGAGAAUGUUCCCAUUACAAACCUCACAUUGCUAGGUCUUUCCACCCUCGCUGCUAUUGGCCGUAACGACCCCAACAGCACUGAGGAGAUCGUGCCUAUAGACAAGAAGAAGGGCAAGCGCUGGAGAGGCUACGAUGUGAGGCAGAUGUCACUGAAGACACUGGAGAUGUAUCUCAAGCAGAGAUAUGGCUCAGCUAUCAGUAUAUUCGAUAAUGGGUGUUCCCCCUGAGGAAACAGAGGAGUGCUGCAGCUCACCAAUAAAGAUGGAAAUUCAGUAAAGCUGGAAAAAUAUUGGCUCAGAGCUAUGGACUCUAAACUGUCAUUAGGGUUAUUUUUGUCUGAAAGAAAAAAAAACACAAUUUAUACUUCUAAGAUGAUUAAGAAACCAUGGUAACACUUUACAUUAAGUGUAUCUGAUUGCUGUGUUAUUUCCAUAGUAGUUACUUAGUAAAUACAUGUGUACUAACACAUAAUUACAAUGUUAUUAUGCAUAGUUACAAUGUACAAUUUUUUUGCAUGGUAUAAACCUAACCCGAACCCGAACCCUAUUCUGCUAUAAUUAUGUACUUACAUAUAUUGUGGAAAAUGAUUUACACAUGAAGUACAUUUUUAGGAGGCUGUGUGGUCCAGUGGUUAAAGAAAAGGGCUUGUAACCAGGAGGUCCCCGGUUCAAAUCCACCUCAGCCACUGACUCAUUGUGUAACCCUGAGCAAGUCACUUAACCUCCUUGUGCUCCGUCUUUCGGGUGAGACGUAAUUGUAAGUGACUCUGCAGCUGAUGCAUAGUUCACACACCCUAGUCUCUGUAAGUCGCCUUGGAUAAAGGCGUCUGCUAAAUAAACAAAUAAUAAUAAUAAUUUUAACUAUGCAUAAUAGCAUUUAAAUUAUGUGUAAGUACACAUUUAUUUACUAAGUAAUUACUAUGCAAAUAUUAGAUACAUUUAAUGUAAGGUGUUACUGAAACACCUUCAGACUAUUCAGAAGAAUCUAAAUAGUCUUGAGCUCCUAUUUCUGGUUUGCUAACUUUAUUGGGUGUGUUUUCCCAUCUGAAAAGAGCUAAUGACGUCUUGGGGUUAAUUGGUUUGAAAAUCUAGCCUCUAAAUUAUUUUUAAAUCGUCCACCUGUCCACCUGUCCACCUGUCAUUCAUGGGAUUUGGUUUCCAAGUCUUACUGUGUUUCCGUUUUUUUAAUCGCACCCUUGAAACUUAUUUUUACAAAGUUUGAGCUCAGCAAAGUUCAUAGCAAUACGUGCUCUAUAACAUGUCCCUUAGAUAGUGAAACACAUGUGAUUAUACAUCUUAAUUAUGAGAAAAUAAAAAACUUGCACAAUGAGAAACACCAUUAAGUAAUUUGAGUAAUGUAAAAUCAUUUUAAAUAAAUAUCUAAAAGUUGUAAUUUGUUAUUUAAAGAUUUAUGACAUUUACAGAUGAUUUGUUAGUAAUUCUUGCUAUUGAUGUUUGUAACAACAAAAUUAAUAAAUGUGUUUGUAGUCA